AAGUGGCACAGCGAUGCUUAGAAACCUUGCUAGGAGCAAACAGCCUGUGGCUGCUUAGGGACCUGUUGCUCACUGUCUGGUGCCCUCAUGGAGACAGGAGGCCCUGGGCUGAACAACAUGAAGCCUCAGUCACUGCAGCUGGUGCUGGAGGAGCAAGUGCUGGCAUUACAGCAGCAGAUGGCAGAGAAUCAGGCAGCCUCCUGGAGGAAGCUGAAGAACUCCCAGGAGGCCCAGCAGAGGCAAGCAGCCCUCGUGAGGAAGCUGCAGGCCAAGGUGUUGCAGUACCGGAGCUGGUGCCAAGAGCUGGAGAAGCAGCUGGAAGCCACUGGAGGACCAAUCCCUCAGAGGCGGGAAAGUAUGGAGGAGCCAAAUCUGGAACAGCUGCUAAUCCGAUUGGAGGAGGAACAACAGAGGUGUGAGAGUCUAGCAGAGGUGAACACCCAACUUCGACUGCACAUGGAAAAAGCUGAUGUGGCAAAUAAAGCCCUUCGGGAAGAUGUGGAAAAGUUGACCGUGGACUGGAGCCAGGCCCGGGAUGAGCUAAUGAGGAAGGAGAGCCAGUGGCGGAUGGAGCAGGAGUUCUUCAAGGGUUACCUGAAAGGAGAGCAUGGUCGGCUUCUCCGUCUAUGGCGAGAGGUAGUGACCUUCCGGCGCCACUUCCUGGAAAUGAAGUCAGCUACUGACAGAGAUCUGACGGAGUUAAAGGCUGAGCAUAUGAAGCUUUCUGGCUCCCUGUUGACCUGUUGUCUGCGCUUGACUGUGGGAGCACAGUCUCGGGAAUCCGAUGGAUCUGAGAGAAUAGCUGGGAGGGAUCCAACCCAGCUGCUGCUGCUACUAGCCAAGACCCAGGAGCUGGAGAAGGAAAUCAGUGAGAGGAGCCAGGAGUUAAUACAGCUGAAGAGUCAAGGGGACCUGGAGAAGGCUGAACUUCAGGACCGAGUAACCGAGCUCUCUGCUCUACUGACCCAGUCUCAGAAGCAAAAUGAAGAUUAUGAAAAGAUGGUAAAGGCUCUGAGAGAGACAGUGGAGAUCCUGGAGGCAAAUCAUGUAGAAGUAAUGGAACAUGAGGCGUCUCUCAGUAGGAAUGCCCAGGAGAAGAAGUUGUCAUUACAGCAGGUGAUCAAGGAUAUAACUCAGGCCAUGAUGGAAGAAGGGGGCAAUGUUGCCCAAGGCUCUGGUCAUGAGAGCUCUUUGGAACUGGACUCUAGUGGCUUCUCCCAGUUUGAUUCCCAGGAUCUGGACAAGGCUGUUACCCUGGUGCAUUCAGUGCUAACUCAGAGACGCCAGGCUGUAAAGGACCUAAGGCAGCAGCUUUCAGGCUGCCAAGAGGCUGUGAGCAUAUUGCAAAAACAGCACGAUCAGUGGGAGGAAGAGGGCAAAGCCUUGAGACAGCGGCUGCAAAAGCUCACUGGGGAGCGGGACACUCUGGCGGGGCAGACUGUGGACCUCCAGGGAGAGGUGGACUCUCUCAGCAAGGAGCGAGAGCUCCUGCAGAAGGCCAGGGAAGAGCUGCAGCAGCAGCUGGAGGUACUGGAGCAGGAAGCAUGGCGCCUGCGCAGGGCAAACAUGGAACUUCAGCUACAUGGCGACUCUGUUCAGGGGGAGAAGGAGGAGCAGCAGGAGGAGCUGCACCUGGCUGUCCGUGAAAGAGAGCGCCUUCAGGAGACGCUGGUGGGCCUGGAAGCCAAACAGUCAGAAUCACUCAAUGAACUGAUCACUCUUCGGGAAGCCCUGGAAUCAAGUCGCCUGGAAGGGGAGUUACUGAGGCAAGAGCAAACGGAAGUGACCGCAGCGCUGGCCAGGGCAGAACAGUCCAUUGCAGAGCUGUCAAGUUCUGAAAACAGCCUGAAGGCAGAAGUAGCUGAUCUUCGGGCUGCAGCUGUCAAGCUCAGUGCCUUAAAUGAGGCUUUAGUCUUAGAUAAAGUUGGGCUGAACCAGCAGCUUCUCCAGUAGUUAGAGCAGGAGAACCAGUCUGUGUGCAGCAGAAUGGAGGCAGCAGAGCAGGCGAGAAACGCUUUGCAGGUGGACCUGGCAGAAGCAGAGAGGAGCAGGGAAGCCCUGUGGGAAAAGAAAACCCACCUGGAAGCUCAGCUGCAGAAAGCAGAGGAGACUAGGGCUGAGCUGCAGGCAGAUCUCAGAGGCAUCCAAGAAGAGAAGGAAGAAAUUCAAGAUAAACUAAAUGAGUCAUAUCACCAGCAGGAGGCAGCCACAGCUCAGCUGGAGCAGCUGCAUCAGGAAGGAAAAAGACAAGAAGAAGUGCUUUCCAGGGCGAUCCAGGAGAAGGAGGCCCUAGUACGAGAGAGGGCAGCUCUAGAGGUACGGCUGCUGGCUGUGGAGCGGGACCGGCAGGACCUCACUGUGCAGCUACAGGACCUGAGCUCAGCUAAGGAGUUACUGGAGAACAAUCUGUUUGAGGCCCAGCAACAAAAUUCUGUGAUUGAGGUCACUAAGGCGCAGCUGGAGGUCCAGAUUCAAACUGUCACUCAAGCCAAGGAAGUAAUCCAAGGGGAAGUGAGGUGCCUGAAGCUGGAACUGGACACUGAACGGAGCCAGGCAGAGCAGGAGCGGCAUAGAGCAGCCAGACAGCUGGCCCGGGCUGAGCAAGAGGGGCAGACUACCCUGGAGCAGCAGAAAAUGGUACACCAGGAAGAGGUGAACCGGCUCCAGGAAAAAUGGGAGAAAGAGCACUCCUGGCACCAGCAGGAGCUGGCUAAGGCUCUGGAGAGCCUAGAGAAGGAAAAAACGGAGCUGGAAGUGAGGCUGAGGGAGCAGCAGACAGAAACUGAGGCCAUCCGGGCACAAAGAGAAGAAGAACGGACCCAGGCCGAGAGCGCCCUAUGCCAGAUGCAGCUGGAAACAGAGAAGGAGAGAGUAUCCCUCCUGGAGACACUGCUGCAGACCCAGAAGGAGUUGGCCGAUGCCAGUCAACAACUGGAACAGCUGAGGCAAGACAUGAAGGUCCAGAAGUUGAAGGAACAGGAAACCACUGGGAUGCUGCAGACCCGGCUCCAGGAGGCUCAGCGGGAGCUGGAGGAGGCAGCCCAGCAGCACAGAGAUGACCUUGCCACACUUCAUGAAGAGGGCAGCACCCUGCUGCAGGAAAAGAUAGAUCUACAGAAGCAGGUGGAGGACUUGAAGUCUCAGUUGGUGGCCCAGAAUAACUCGCAGAAGCUGGUGGAACAAGAGGUUCAGGAGAAGCUGAGAGAGGCCCAGGAGUGUAGCCGAAUUCAGAAGGAGCUGGAGAGAGAGAAAGCCAGCCUGACUCUGUCGCUGGUGGAAAAAGAACAGAGACUCCUUGUUUUACAAGAAGCUGACUCUGUUCGGCAACAAGAGCUGAAUGCCCUACGCCAGGACAUGGAGGAGGCCCAGGGAGGGCAGAAAGAGCUCAGUGCCCAGAUGGAAUUACUGAGGCAAGAGGUGAAAGACAAGGAGGCUGACUUUCUAGUCCAGGAAGCACAGCUGCUGGAGGAACUAGAGGCAUCUCGGAUCAUGGAGCAGCAGCUGCGAGCUUCCUUGUGGGCCCAGGAAGCCAAGGCAGCCCAACUACAGCUGCGAUUGUGCAGCACAGAGAGCCAGCUAGAGGCACUGGCUACGGAGCAGCAGCCUGGGAACCAGGCCCAGGCCCAGCUGGCCAGCCUCUACUCCGUCCUACAGCAGGCCCUGGGGCCUGUUUGUGAGAGCAGGCCCGAGCCGGGUGGUGGGGGAGACUCUGCUCCCUCCCUCUGGGGUCUUGAGCCAGACCAGAAUGGAACAAGGAGCCUUUUUAAGAGAGAGCCCCUGCUGACUGCUCUCUCAGCCGAAGAGGUAGCAUCUGCCCUCCACAAGCUUCAUGAAGACCUGUGGAAGACUCAACAGACUCGGGAUGAUCUGAGGGAUCAGGUCCAAAAACUGGAACAGCAACUAGCUGAUACUGAGACGGAGAAGAGCCAGGUCAGCACAGAGUUGCAGGAUCUGCAGAGACAGCUGUCCCAGAACCAAGAAGAGAAAUCCAAGUGGGAAGAAAAACAGAAUUCCCUGGAAUCUGAGCUGAUGGAAUUGCAUGAAGCUGUGACAUCCUUACAGAGUCGAUUACGGCAAGCAGAGCUACAGGGAAUGGAAGCCCAGAGUGAGCGAGAGUUACUUCAGGCAGCCAAGGAGAACCUGACAGCACAGGUGGAACAUCUGCAAGCAUCUAUUGCAGAAGCCAGGGCUAAGGCAAGUGCUGCCGGUAUUCUGGAAGAAGACCUGAGGACAGCGCGCUCAGCACUGAAAAGGAAAAAUGAGGAGGUAGAGAGUGAGCGUGAGCGGGCCCAGGCUCUGCAAGAGCAAGGUGAGCUGAAGGUGGCCCAAGGGAAGGCUCUGCAAGAGAAUUUGGCUGUCUUGGCGCAGACCCUAUCUGAAAGGGAAGGGGAAGUGGAGACUUUGCGGGGGGAAAUCCAGGAACUAGAGAAGCAACGGGAAAUACAGAAAGCCGCUUUGGAACUGCUGUCUCUGGACCUGAAGAAGAGGAACCAAGAAGUGGAUCUGCAGCAGGAACAGAUUCAGGAGCUGGAGAAGUGUAGGUCUGUUUUAGAGCAUCUGCCCAUGGCUGUCCAGGAGCGGGAGCAGAAGCUGAGUGUGCAGAGGGAGCAGAUCAAAGAGCUUGAGAAGGAUCGGGAGACUCAGAGGAACGUCUUAGAGCAUCAGCUUCUAGAACUUGAGAAAAAGGACCAAGUGAUUGAGUCCCAGAGAGGACAGGUGCAGGAUCUGCAAAAGCAGUUGGUUACUCUGGAAUGCCUGGCCCUGGAACUGGAGGAAAACCAUCACAAAAUGGAGUGCCAGCAAAAACUGAUUAAGGAACUGGAAGGCCAGAGGGAAAUGCAGAGGGUGGCUCUGACCCACCUUACACUGGACCUAGAAGAAAGGAGCCAGGAGCUGCAGGAGCAAAGCAGCCAGAUCCACGAACUGGAGAGCCACAGCACCCUUCUGGCAAAGGAGCUGCAGGAGAAGAACCAGGAGGUCAAGUCCCAGCAAGAGCUGAUUGAGGAGCUCCAGAGGCAGAAAGAGCAUCUGACUCAGGAUCUUGAGAGGAGGGGCCAGGAGCUGAUGCUGCAGAAGGAGAGGAUUCGGGUUCUAGAAGAGCAGAGGACUCUGCAGACCAAGAUCCUGGAGGAGGACCUGGAACAGAUCAAGCUGUCCUUGAGAGAACGAGGACGGGAGCUGGUCUCUCAGAGGCAACUGAUGCAGGAGCGGGCAGAAGAGGGGAAGGGCCAGAGCAAAGUGCAGCGCGGGAGCCUGGAGCACAUGAAGCUUAUCCUGCGUGAUAAGGAGAAGGAGGUGGAAUGCCAGCAGGAGCAUAUCCAGGAACUUCAGGCACACAAGGACCAGCUGGAGCAGCAGCUCCAGGGCCUGCACAGGAAGGUGAGUGAGAGCAGCCUGCUCCUAACCCAGCAAGAGCAAGAGAUAGUGGUCCUUCAGCAGCACCUGCAGGAAGCCAGGGAGCAAGGGGAGCUGAAAGAGCAAUCACUUCAGGGCCAACUAGAAGAGGCCCAGAGAGCCUUGGCCCAGAGGGACCAGGAACUCAAGACCCUGCUGCAAGAACAGCAGCAGGCGCAGGGGCAGGAGGAGAGUGUGAAGGAAAAGGCAGACACCUUGCAGGGAGCUUUGGAGCAAGCCCAGACGACACUGAAGGAACGGCAGGCAGAGCUUGAGGACCAGAUCGAACAGGUACGAAGGCUCCAGGAAGAGUUGGCAGCAGAGGGACGGCAGGUCCAGGCCCUGGAGGAGGUGUUGGGAGACCUAAGGGCUGAGUCUCGGGAGCAGGAGAAGGCUCUGCUGGCCCUCCAGCAACAGUGUGCUGAGCAGGCACAGGAGCAUGAGGCGGAGGCCAGGGCCCUGCAGGACAGUUGGCUGCAGGCCAAGACGAUGCUCAAGGAACGGGACCGGGAGCUGGAGGCUCUGCGAGCAGAAAACCGGUCCUCCCAGUAUCAGAAGGAGGCUGCCCAGGGCCAGGCUGAGGCUCUGCAGGAGGCCCUCAGCAAGGCUCAGGCUGUCUUGAAGGAGAAGGAGCAGCAACUUCUUGGGCAGGCAGAAUUGAGACGCAGUUUGGAGGCCAACACAGCUACCCUGCAGACCACCCUGGAUGCCUGCCAGGCACAUGCCCAGCAGCUGGAGGAGGCUCUGAGGAUACGAGAUAGUGAGAUCCAGGACCAGAAUUUCCGUUACCAGGAGGAUGUGCAGCAGCUUCAGCAGGCACUUGCCCAGAGGGAUGAAGAGCUGAGACAUCAGAAGGAACAGGGCCAGCUGCUGGAGAAGUCUCUGACCCAGAGGGUCCAAGAGGAUAUGAUCCAAGAGAAGCAGAAUCUGGGACAGGAGGAAGAAGAGGAAGUGACAAGGGUCCUCCGCCAGAGUCUAAGGGAGCUACGGCUGACUCUAGCCCAGAAGGAAAAGGAGAUCCUGGAGUUGAGGGAAGCCCAGCAACAGAGUAGCCUGGAGGCUUUGCCCCGUAGCCACACAGCCUCCCUGGUGGAGGAAUCAUCUCCAGAAUUAGGUUCUUCAGGGCUCAGGCUGCAGAGGGAACUGAAGCGGCUGCAGGCAGCCCUGAGGCAGACAGAGGCCAGGGAGAUUGAGUGGCGGGAGAAGGCCCAUGGCUUGGCACUGUCCUUGGCCCAGAGCAAGGCCAGUGUCAGCAGUCUGCAGGAGGUCGCCAUGUUCCUACAAGCCUCUGUCCUGGAGCGGGACUCAGAACAGCAGAGGCUGCAGGGUGAGCUGGAGCUCACCAGACAGGUGCUGGAGAAAGAGCGGCUACACUGCCCAGGCACAACCAUCAGGGCAGAACAGGGGUCCGGAGGAGAGCAGACUGUGCAGCUGGGAGAGGCCUCAGGAGUGGAGGCUGAGUCUAGUCCUGGAAUGGAAGAGAAACAGCCAUGGAAACAAAGGCUUGAACAUCUGCAGCAAGCAGUGGCGUGGCUAGAAAUUGACCGGAGCAGGCUGCAGUGCCACAAUGUCCAACUGAGGACUGCUUUGGAGCAGGUGGAGCGAGAGCGGAGGAAGCUGAAGAGGGAUUCCAUGCGUGCAUCCCAAACAGGGGCCCUGGAGCUGAGCGAGGCCACAGCCUCAGCACCCAAACAGCAGGAUGGAAGAGAAAACCAGAAGAGCUUCUCAGAUGCCAAAUAUGUGGUUGAACUGCAGAAAGAGGUGGCCCUGCUGCGAGCCCAGCUGGCCUUGGAGCGGAAGCAGAAGCAAGACUACAUCGCCCGCUCAGUACAGACCAGCCGUGAGCUAGCAGGCCUGCACCACAGCCUCUCGCACUCACUUCUUACUGUGGCCCAGGCCCCAGAGGCCACUGUUCUAGAGGCUGAAACCCGCAAGCUGGAUGAAUCCUUGACUCAAAGUCUGACAUCCCCAGGGCCGGUUCUACAUCCUGGCCCCAGCACUGCCCAAGACACCUCCAGGUAGCAGCCACAGCUUGGGCAAGUCCAGGCCAGCCUGGGAGCACACAGACAGACGGGUGACUGUAGAGCAGAUCAUGGCCCCUCAGCACAACUUCAGGUUUGCCAAAGGAAAGACCUGGCUCUGUUACCCAUUGGGAGCUCCAGGUCAGCUGGCGUUCCCAGGAAGAGGAGGGAAACCUGCAGGGCUGGGAAGGGCCCAACUCACCUGGGAACGAGGCAAGUCACGUUUGCCUGCUUGCCUACAGUCACCCAGAGAAGUGCCUUGCCCUGGCCAAGGAGCAUCUUCUGCCUCUCGUCUAGAACUUAUUUUCCUGGCACUUCACCUUCUCCUUUAACUUCCUCUUCAACAAUAAACCCUGGAUCUGUACAUU